CAUCCGCUAAUCUCCAUAACUAUAUAUAUAAAUAUGGUCUCUUUAUGGUUAAUUGAUGUUUUCAGCAGUAUACAUCAUCUCUUUACAAAAGCUUAUUAAGAGUGAAUCAAAACAUUGAGUACCAAUUAUUCAAGUUAUAUCGGGUACAUACUACAUACAUAUUGAUUAUAUUGAUUGAUUGUAAUAAAAAUGAAGGGGAAAGGUGCAAGAUUUGUGAAGCAGAUAAUAUCUAUGGUAAGGUGCGUAAGUAGAGCGAAAUGCAUGGCGAUAAGGAACAAAACGGACGCCAUGAAAGCGCAGUUUAUGGUGACAGCAUUAACAGUUUUGUCAAAGAAGAACAACUUGAUCUCUAUUGGAGCGAUCUCCGACAAGAUUAAUGAUGCAAUAGAUGGUCUUCUCAUGAAAUCCAAUCGCGACAACAACGGUAAUAAAGAAGAUGUUGAGGCGGAGCAAGUGAGCAGCAGCAAAGCCAUUGUUCUAUACACUAACAAUAACAAAGCGGUGGUCGGGGGCGAAAUGGGAAAUAUUCAUAUUCACGAUGAUGAAUUUGUUAUUGAUGAGGAUAAGUAUCCGGACCUAAGGCAUUCGUUAUUCGACGAGGAGGAGGAAGAGGAGCUUGCUCAGCUAUUGGAUGAUCCGAGUUCGUCCAUAUCGGCUAUAGAUAUUGUGAAGAAUUCAAAGGAGAACAGAGAUCACGGUUUCAAUCUUGAAGAAGAAAUCGAUGAGGUGGCGGAUUUAUUCAUUAGCAAAUUCCACAAGAACAUGCGCCUUCAGAAGCUCCUUUCGUUCAAGAGGCAACACCAAGACCAGAUGAUGAUGGCCGAUAAAUAAUGUGCUUGACGGUCAUCCUCUCUCUCUCUCUCUCUCUAUAUAUAUAUUACUCCGAUCCAUUAUUACUCGAUCGUAUUAUUGCAGUUUAAUUUCCUUUUAUUUCUUCUUGUAUUUUGCCGGAGCUAAGGCGCAUGUGUAAGUUCCCACAAUAAUGGCAUCUAGUACGAAGAUGUAGUACUUUUGUCAUAUAAGUCAUUGUUUUACAACAUUUUUGACAAUUCGGAAAAUAAGUCUUUGAA